GUUCAUUCCCUCGAAUCUUGUUCUCCUUUGGCCACGUGGGCUGCAAUUUGACAGUGACACGAAAUCAAAAAACCUAACCCAAUUUGGAGAACAAAAGGGAACAAUCUUGCAAACUGAUAAAAGUUCAUUUCAUAACUAAAGACAAUACCUUUGGCUCCCAUUUUUUCUUCAAGAAUUAUGGAGGGCAAUGUUGAAAAGACUGUUAGAGCUCUUAUGAGCUUGGGUUUGAGUGAGCAAAAAGCGAAAGAAACGGUGAAGAAUCCUACUGUUACAAAGACUUUGCUGACCAUUUUAACUGAAACAAGAGGAGUAAAGUUAGAUGAUGGAAUGGGAAUGCUACUUUAUCAACUUGGUACAAAAAUCAAGCCACAGAUACACCACCAUUUGCCUCUGUUAGUGAAAUACAUUGUAUCUCAUAAGCUAGAUUCAACCUUGAGGGUUGAUAAGGCCAUAGAAUUUGCCCUCUCACAUAUCAACAACUUGAAAACUGAUGAGUUAGAAAGGUUUUGCGGUGUAGGAGUUGUAGUUUCUCUUGAGGAUAUUAAAAAAGCUGUUGCUAAGCAGAUAGACACUCAUAAGCAAGAAAUAAUUGAGAAAAGGUAUACUUUCAACACAGGUCCAUUAAUGCAGAAAGUUAGGGCAGAUUUGCCAUGGGCUGAUGGGAAAAAUGUGAAAAAUGAAAUAGAUACUCAGGUGUUUGCUCUCUUAGGGCCUAAAACAGAAGCUGAUAUGAAUCCUGCAGCAAAAACUGCUAAAAAAGCAGUAAAACCUAUCAAAGCAGAACCUAAAGAAGCAAUUAAAAAAUCAUCCCAACUAGAGGCUGAUUCCAGUUCUCCACAAGGAGUAACCAUAUCAGAUGUAAUGAAAAAAGUAAACUUUCACAAACCAGGAGAGAAUUACAAAACAGAUGGCUAUGUUGUAACUGAAAAUACUCAUAAACUGUUAGAGGAACAUUUGAAAAUAACUGGAGGAAAAGUGAGAACUAGGUUUCCACCAGAGCCAAAUGGUAUCCUCCAUAUCGGACAUGCUAAAGCUAUCAAUAUCAAUUUUGGAUAUGCAGCAGCUCAUGAUGGUAUUUGUUUUUUGAGGUAUGAUGAUACAAAUCCUGAGAAGGAGGAAGAGAAAUUCUUUACUGGGAUCAAGGAUAUGGUCACCUUUCUAGGAUAUACUCCAUAUAAAAUUACUCACUCUUCCGAUUAUUUUGAUCAGCUGUAUAAGUGGGCUGUCAAGCUGAUAGAGAAAGGUUUGGCAUAUGUUUGCCAUCAAACUGCUGAUGAAAUGAAAGGUUUCAAUCCCCAACCUUCACCUUGGAGGGACAGACCCAUAUCAGAAAACCUGCAAUUAUUUGAGGAUAUGAAAAACGGCAAGAUUGAUGAGGGUGCAGCUACCCUUAGGAUGAAGAUAACUUUAGAAGAGGGCAAGUUAGAUCCAGUAGCUUAUAGAGUAAGAUUUACACCACAUCAUCGUACUGGAAACAAGUGGUGUAUCUAUCCCACUUAUGAUUUCACGCACUGUUUGUGCGAUAGCAUUGAACAUAUCACUCACUCACUGUGUACCAAGGAGUUUCAGUCUAGGAGAUCAAGUUAUUACUGGUUGUGUAAUGCUCUGGAUAUAUAUUGCCCAGUGCAGUGGGAGUAUGGCAGAUUGAACAUCAACUAUACAGUUGUUUCAAAAAGAAAAAUUGCCAAACUGAUAGACGAAAAAAUUGUUAAUGGUAAAGUAUUUUACUUUAUUUUAGUAUCAAAGAAUACUGAAUAUAUCAUUGAUUCCAGACUGGGAUGAUCCAAGACUGUUCACUUUAACAGCUCUAAGAAGGCGCGGUUUUCCUCCGGAAGCGAUAAAUAAUUUCUGUGCUCAGUUGGGAGUAACCGGAGCACAGAGCACAGUUGAUCCUUCCAUGUUAGAGGCAUUUGUUAGGGAUUUCCUUAAUAAUGCUGCACCAAGACGUAUGGUUGUCUUGGAACCCCUUAAAGUGGUGAUAGAGAACUUUCCCUUUGAGAAUCCAGUAGAAAUUCCAGUUCCCGACUUUCCUAGCAAGCCAGAACUAGGAGGCCACAUCGUUACUUUUGACAGUGUUAUCUACAUCGAAAAAAGCGAUUUUAUGGAGAUUGGAGAAAAAGGAUACCGCCGCCUAACAAAAACUCAACCAGUAGGUCUCAGGCAUGCGGGCUAUGUCCUAGAAGUAGUGGACAUGAAGAAAUCCGGGGAUAAUGUUACUGAAGUUGUUUGUAAAUGCACUGAUGUGGACAAGGCUGCAUCCAAGCCCAAAGCAUUCAUACAUUGGGUCAGCGACCCUAUGGAAGUCGAAAUUCGACUCUAUUCUCCUCUUUUCAAGCAUAAAAAUCCAGAAGAUCCCAAUGAAGUACCUGGUGGUUUCAUAUCAGAUUGUAGCUCAGAUUCGUUGAAAUUGUUGAGAAGUUUUGCCGACAAGUCGAUAAAAGGCGCCAAGGUAUACGACAAGUUCCAGUUUGAGAGAGUUGGGUUUUUCUCUAUUGACCUGGAUACCACUGAUAAGAAGCUGGUGAUCAACCAAACUGUCAGUCUGAAGGAAGACGCCGGCAAAUAGGUGGUUUACAAGCCAUUUUUUGUACUACCUGUAUUUGAUUAUGAAGUUAAAUACUUUUUAUUUAUUGCUUUACCUUUGCAAAUAAAGUUUAUGAAACUUA